AUUGUAAACCCAUGGAUGAAGAAAUCAAUUGUGUUUCCAUGUCACAAACUGAAAAGGAUACACAACAUAUUGAACCUAAUUCUGAAAUUAUGGAUGAAAAAGGAGAGAACAGUAUUUGCCACAGUCCUCAAGAAAGUCGAGAUGAAGACCAUGGUUUGAUGACAGAUAUUUUGCCAGUACUGCAAUCAAAACCAGACUAUACAAGCACAAAAAAUAUCAAUGGGGAGAAAUGUGUGAAUGACUGCAGUGGAAUAAUCAAACAACAUGAACAAAAUGACAGUUUCAAAAAACAUGUGGAAGAGAAAGAUGAAUAUGAAUGUGAACAUUGUGGAGAGGAAUUCAAGCGAAAAAGCAAUUUGGAAGUUCAUCUGAUGAUACAUAAAAAUAAUUUGCCAUAUGAAUGCGAACAUUGUGGACAGAAAUUCAAGGACAAUGAUUACUUAAAAAGGCAUUUGAAGACACAUGUAGGGGAAAGACGAUACGAAGUUAAAGUAUUGCUUCUGAAAACACUUGAAUGUGAACAUUGUGGAAAGAAGUUUAAUCACAAAGAACAUUUGAAAAGUCAUAUGGAGGUACAUAAACAAGAGAAACUUUAUGAAUGUGAACAUUGUGGAAAAAAAUUCAAUCAGAAAAGUAACAUGAAAUCGCACAUGACAGUACACACGAAGGAGACCCCAUACGAAUGUGAACAGUGUGGAAAGAAGUUUAGACAAAAGAUGAUUUUGAAAUGCCACAUGAGGAUACAUACUGGAGAAAAACCUUACCUAU